CCUAGUGAGGGUUUAGUGCAGAGCCUCUGUAUAUAAUAUGGGAAAAGCACAUACUGUAUGAAAAAGCAGACGAUACUGAUCGUGUUACUAGAGGCGGCUUGCUAUGAUCACGCAUGUGGGUCACUUUUAAUGCAGUUAGGUUAGUAUUAAUCAUUGUAACUGCAAUAAUGCAGAGCUUCAGCAAAGGGGGCCUAUUUGUAUUGUUUUGGAGGCAGAAUGCACUCUUAUAAAGCUGCGCACUACUAAACUUGGUGCUAGCACGCUUAAGUGAUUGCUGUGCCUGCUCUGGAGCGUCGCCAGAUCUCCUCCUAUCCACAGGCCUCGCCGACACAGUGACCUACUUUCCACAGAGAGAAGGGAGGGAGGGGAGGCAGACGUGGGAGCAAGUGGCCAAGUCACAAACACGAAGGAUUCUGAUCUCACAGUCUGCAGGGACACCAGGAACAAUAACGCUACCCCGAUAGGUGCUGCUGAGACAAGUCGCAGAGACAUCUUAAAAGACGACUGAGGUCUUUUAUCAAACGCAAGUUCAAACUUUGCUUACAGGAAGUCAAAGUGGACGGAUGCUGGUGAAAGCCCCAUGGCAGCGGCUAACUCAGUCCAUACAUCAAGUACAAGCUAUAACUUGGAAGCGUUUUUUAGAAUGAAACGAGGAAGACUAACUGUUACCAUUGAUAGUCAGGUUGUCGAAGGACCACAGAGGCCAAAGAAACAAAAAAAGGAUAAUCAAUCACCUAAAGUGUACAAAUCUCAAAUGCAGUCCUGCAUGUUGGACUGGGGGAGCCUGCCGCACCAUGUAGUGUUGCAUAUUUUCCAGUACCUCCCGCUUGUGGACAGGGCUCGGGCGUCAUCGGUCUGCCGCCGCUGGAAUGAAGUCUUUCAUAUCCCGGAGCUAUGGAGAAAGUUUGAGUUUGAGCUUAAUCAGCCGGAUACUUCAUACUUGAAGUCUACGCACCCUGACCUGAUUCAGCAAAUCAUUAAAAAACAUGCGAACCAUCUUCAGUAUGUUAGUUUCAAGGUUGAUAGCUGUACAGAGUCAGCAGAGGCCGCGUGUGAUAUCCUAUCUCAGCUUGUGAACUGCUCCAUCAAAACGCUUGGUCUGAUAUCAACGGCAAAGCCCAGUUUCAUGAAUGUUUCUAAGUCUCACUUCGUUUCUGCGCUGACUGUAGUUUUUGUCAACUCAAAGUCGUUGUCUUCAAUAAAGAUCGAUGACACCCCAGUUGAUGACCCUUCGCUAAAGGUCUUGGUGGCAAAUAACAGCGAUACCCUGAAGCUGCUGAAGAUGAGCAGCUGUCCUCAUGUAUCUCCUGCUGGAAUUUUGUGUGUGGCUGACCAGUGUCACGGACUUCGAGAACUAGCGCUGAAUUAUCAUCUCUUGAGCGAUGAGUUACUGUUGGCUCUCUCGACCGAGAAGCACGUCCGCCUUGAACACCUUCGCAUCGAUGUCGUAAGCGAAAAUCCCGGUCAAACGCAUUUUCACACCAUAAAGAAGCAAAGCUGGGAUGCCGUUAUCAAGCACUCCCCCAAGGUCAAUAUCGUUAUGUACUUUUUCCUGUACGAAGAAGAGUUCGAUGCAUUUUUCCGAGAGGAGACUCCAGUCACUCACCUUUACUUUGGUCGCGCUGUGAGCAAGGCGAUGCUGGGCCGUAUAGGCCUCAAUUGCCCACGUUUGGUUGAACUGGUGGUUUGUGCAAACGGACUUCAGCCUUUGGACGAUGAGUUGAUCCGCAUUGCCGAUCGAUGCAAGAACUUGACCGCCAUUGGCCUCGGAGAGUGCGAGGUUUCCUGCAGUGCAUUUGUUGAGUUUGUAAAGAUGUGCGGGAGGAGACUGACCCAGCUGUCCAUUAUGGAGGAAGUGCUCAUUCCGGACAAUAAAUACAACCUGGAGCAAAUUCAUUAUGAAGUUUCAAAACAUCUUGGAAGAAUGUGGUUUCCUGACAUGAUGCCCACGUGGUAGACUAGGAGAAGACUAUGUCCCAGGACGCUUUUUUUUUGCAUUUGCUUACUAUGCAAUGAUCAGACAAUAUGCUGAUGACUAUGGCAUAUAGAAUCCUGCUUACAGACCAAAUAAGGCAUGUUUCAGCACCGACAUUACUGAGCACAUGGACCAGACCUACCCCAGCUUCAACUACAAAGCACUUUUAUUAUUCUGUAAUAUGUUAUUGUAACUAUAUUGUUUGUAAUCACACAAUUUGAUGUUGACUUGCGUGGCGUUGAGAUAGAAAUUAUCAAAACCCACUGAUUAUUUAAAAUGCAGGGACUUAAUAAUGUUUUAGUGUUCAUUGUAGGCCCAAUCCUGAGUGGCACGCAAAGCAGCAACAAGGUCGCAUAUGGGUUUGGAACAGUAUGCUAUCUGCCUGUAGUCUAAGUUGCACAGACCUCUGCGACUGCAUCGCCCCUAGUUCCCAGGCCGCAAGAUCAGCCACCAUCACUAUUCAUAACCAUUUACACCUACCCAUACUGGGCGCAAGAGAUCAGUCAGAAAUAGGUGUCACCAUGGCAUAUGCACGACUCAAAAUAUGGCUCAACUUGGCCAAAACGUCACUAUCGCAAGAUAAUUUUCUACUGUACCACCCAGUUGACACGUAAAAUUGCCCAUUUCCCAGACAAAGAGAAACAGACGAGAUUUGUCCAACUCCAAAUGGAUAUGGGUCGUUGGGUCGAUCCAACUUAGGUCAACAAUCAUUAGGUCGACCACUGAAGGUCAACAUUGCCCUUAGGUCAACAUGUACUAGGUCGACAGGUCAACAUGAGGUUUUUGACUGUUUUUAGUGUCAUUUUCUCCGUAAAGUGACGGGGAACACAAAUUAGUGUACGUGUCCCCUCGCAUGGCUCGCCAUGCUUCGGGAAAGGUGCCGCGCUCCUCUACCGCUUCGCUCGGCACGGAUUACCGUUCCAAUCAUAAGUAUGAAAAAAAUCCAAUUUUUUUUUAAAAAGUGAAAAACUCAUGUCGACCGUUUAACAUAUUGACCUAAUGUAUGUCGACCUUCAGUGGUCGACCUAAUGACCGUAUCCCCUCCAAAUUGCUCGGAUAUACGCAAAGAUGCGCAUGUUUGCUACACCACUUGCGCCCUUUGUGAAAGCUGGCUGGAUUGAGCUGCAUAUGACUCAGACCCUAUAUGCACGGCUUCAAACAUGUUAUGCUGAUAAAGUAAACAUUGGCAUAAGGUUGAUAUAUGUACAGUACCAUGUAGGCAGUUGAUCAGCUCAUGUACAUACCGUGAGACUACUAAUGGAAUAUAUAUUUAGAAAUAUAAAAAAACAAAAACAGCACUAUUCUAUGAAACAUUCAGAAUUCUUAUAUUUCCUUUCAUCAACUUCAUUAAGAGUUGUAUCUGCACAUAGUGGAUGCAGCAGUUACACAAACACAUUCAAUUAGAAAAAUAAGAAUUUACUUACCGAUAAUUCUAUUUCUCGGAGUCCGUAGUGGAUGCUGGGGUUCCUGAAAGGACCAUGGGGAAUA